UCGAUCUGAUUGCACUUUGGACUUUCUCUUUAAUGUUGAUUGUAAUUCAAACUGUUUUCAGUUCAGAUAGUUCAGACUCUUCAGAUCGAGCGGUUUAAACUUUGGACCACAAAAUGAUUAAUUCUGGAAAAUUAGCAGGACGCACACUGUUCAUUACGGGAGCAUCCAGGGGAAUUGGCAAGGCAAUCGCGCUGAAGGCAGCUCGCGAUGGUGCCAACAUUGUGGUUGCCGCUAAGACAGCAGAUCCGCAUCCCAAGCUGCCGGGCACAAUUUACACAGCCGCCGAGGAGAUCGAAAAGGCUGGCGGACGGGCGCAUCCUUGCAUUGUGGAUGUUCGUGAUGAAAAGCAGGUGCGAACAGCCAUUCAGGAGGCAGUGGCCAAAUUCGGUGGCAUCGAUAUUGUUGUGAACAAUGCGAGUGCCAUUUCACUGACCAGCACCCCCGACACCGACAUGAAGCGCUACGACCUAAUGCAUCAGAUCAAUACGCGCGGCACAUUCCUUGUCUCCAAGGAGUGCCUUCCGUAUUUGGAGAAGAGCAAUCACGCUCACAUUUUGAACAUAUCGCCUCCGCUCAGCAUGAAGGCAAAAUGGUUUGCACCGCACGUGGCUUACACGAUGGCCAAGUACGGCAUGUCCAUGUGCGUGCUGGGCAUGGCGGCGGAGUUCCGGGAUCGCGGCAUUGCCGUGAAUGCCCUUUGGCCGCGCACUGCCAUCCAUACGGCUGCCAUUGAGAUGCUGACUGGCCCCGAUAGUGCCAGCUGGUCACGUAAACCGGAGAUCAUGGCCGAUGCGGCCUAUGCCAUACUAACCAGAGAACCCAAACAGUUCACCGGCGAGUUCUUCGUUGACGAUGAGGUGCUAGAAUCUGUGGGCGUUAAGGAUCUCACCGACUACGCCUGCGUACGCGAAAAUGCCGACAAGCUGAUGGAUGACUUCUUUUUGGAGCCCAAGAAUGCGCCUGCUGACGGUGCAGCGGCGCCUGCAGCUGACUCUGGCGAUGAUAAAAUACCGCAGCUCUUUAAGAAAAUCGAAUCUUUGCUUUCAGCUGAAAUCGUCUCCAAGACGCAGGCCGUCUUCCAGUUCAACAUCAGCGGCGCCAAACAGGGCACUUGGUUUCUAGACUUGAAAAAUGGCACUGGCGCCUGCGGCACUGGCGAACCACCAGCUACUCCAGACGCAACGCUCACCAUGAAUUCCAACAACUUCUUUGACAUGUUCUCUGGCAAACUAAAGGCGGCGCCAGCCUACAUGUCCGGAAAGUUGAAGAUUAGCGGCGAUUUUCAAAAGGCUCUCAAGCUGGAGAAGCUCAUGAAGGCACUCAAGUCUAAGUUGUAGAUCAUAAAUUAAAUCAUUUAUAAAAAGCAAACUCUAUUGAAUAAAGACUCCAUACUAUUAAAUACAAUCCCUAA